UAUGAAAUUCUCCCUGUUGCCGCCUUCGUUGAAAGAUUGGUCUGACCCACAUUUGCCGUUGUUGAUAUUCUCUAGCUCUACGCCUACGGCGACGAAUGAGAAGUAGAAGAAAUACAAUUUCUUCGUCCAUCUACGAUACACACGUGGUGUUACAAUAACGUGCGUUAGCAUGCGCUCAACGCUCGAGUAUCCAGACAGGUGCUGACCAACGUCUCCUGACGCUCACGAAAAAAUAUUGUGAAUGGUACAACGUCAUCGUCAGCGUCAGCGUCAGCGUCAAUGUCAACGUCCAGCGUCAUCGUCAGCGUCAACGUCAACGUCAGCGUCGUAUUGUGAACUAGGCUUCAUUGUCAAUGCAGUGGCGAUGGUAAUUAGCACUUAUUUCUAGUGCCAUGUUGCGUUCCGCGUUGGACUUGUGAAGACGGCACUACACUGACGUUAACGGCACGUUGAGGCGACUACGCGCCGCAAUUAGCUAACAUCCGUGAGUUCACCCAAUCACAGCUCACCGUUUCGAAUUUUACUUGAACCAUGUGCACUCUCCACGUGCUCACUUUCAAUCGUUCACUGUUCUCGUCGACUCGGUUUUCGUCUUUCUCAACGUUUCAAACUGGAUAACGAAUUUCGUCAUUUACGUGGUGGUUACCACUACUCGACAUUCGGUCGAUUUCAGUAUCCGAGGUCGUCGUCGUUAGCCAAUGGACAAGAGCGACCUCCCUUCCAUCCUCUCGUGUCUCCCACCUCUCUUUCUCCUUUUCGCGGCUACUUCUAUUCGAUGCCUGCUCCCGGUCACUUUCACUACAAUCCUUUUCAUUCUUCACGUCCGAUUGGCUAUAGACCUUCGACAUCUGCAGCGGCAGCAUCGACGACGGCGGCGGUGGUCGUUCCUCCGGUGACGAACGCGUUCAGUUCGAAUUCGAGUUCGUUAGACGAAGGAUGGAGCAGCGGAACGUGCAUCGAAGUUGUUCUAAGGGCAUUCGAACUGUGGCAGAAAUUUUCUAAAAUUGGCACCGAAAUGAUAAUUACCAAAUCGGGGAGACAACUGUUUUCGAUUAUCGUCGUGUCUGUGACUAACUUGGAGAAAGACAGUGUGUACAAAGUUGUGUUAGAGUUUGCCUGCAAUGACCGCCGUCGAUACAAAUUUAUCAAAUCGCAAUGGGUAUCCAGUCAGCAGUCUGACGCCACGUUUCCUGACCAAGACCCGUCAUUCGUGCAUCCAGACAGUCCUGCUACUGGAAAACACUGGAUGAAACAAGUUAUCUCGUUCAAAGCGGCCAAAUUGACAAACGACAAAGAUUGUCGUAAACCUACUCAUGUUGUUCUUCAUUCGAUGCACAAGUACGAGCCGCAAGUAGCCAUUUUCAAAUUGUCUGACGGCGACGGAACGUUCGAACGUGUUUUCGUCCGACAACUGCCUCUGUGUCAUUUCAUUAGCGUUACGUCAUAUCAGAACAAAGAAAUCACCCGUCUCAAGAUCGACAAUAAUCCUUAUGCGAAAGCAUUUCGUGACCAAGAGACGAGCGAUGGCAUCAAAACUUUUCCCGAAUCAUUGCAGUCGGUCUCGCCAAAUUUCUCACUUAAAUGUGGAGCCUACGUUUCCUUUCUCUCUCUUUAGUGACUACAUUCCCCAAAUCUCCGGUCUUAUGGAUUCUUCAUUUUUCCAUUCCCACCACUCGUCUUCUUCUUCUCUCUCUCUCCAUACUCUUCGCUCGUUUCGUCGUUUAGUCCAUUUGACGGCUUGUCACCAGUCGUCAAACCCGAGGACGUUCAUUCUCACCAAAGAAGAUUUAGUGCUCCAGACGCGCUCGCCGGUGAGACAUCUAGUUCAUUAAGAAUGAGCCGCGGCCAGGACGAUACCGACAGAGUCAGUCGACAAUGUCAAGAGAACAGCACGAGCAGUCGGUGUAAGAAGCGUUGAAGACAGCAUCACGAUGAUUCGGUUGCUUCGUUCAAGAAGGAUCCUCGGCAGGAGCAGGAUACGUGUUCUUCGUCUAAGUCGAGGCGACGGCAAGAGGAGGAUACGUGCGGCUCAUCGAAAACGUCGACGAUUGGACAGGAACGGGAGGAUUGGCAUUGUCCGUCAACGACGUGCGACCGGAACGAAACCUCGUCUUCUAUGCCCAGGAGUGUUCGCCAACCAGAAGAAAUGGGCAGUUCCUAUAGAGCGAGUCGGCUACUGGGAGAUUUAUCGGACAGUGAUUGAUGUUUUUGGUUUUUUAGAGACGUGGUGUGCACAGAACUAUGGGUUUGGGUAUUACUGACACGUAUACUUUUAGUCUAGCACACUUUCACUAUGUUUUAGCACGUUUUUGAGCAUUACUGCAAUAGAAGUAUUGAUGGGGAGCAUCACA